AUGUGCCCUCCCGCUGCCCCAGGUCUGACGUGGCACGGCAGCCGGCGCUGCCCCCACCCGGCCUCAGAGGCGCCGGAGUGCACCUUCACAUUUUCCACUGAAGUGGUGCCAGCCCCGCGCCUCCCCCGCCGCCAGAUUCCUUGGCCAGGGCUCUGGGCAGCCACAGACAAGGUGACCUCAUCGCCCGUGGGCUCCCUCCCCUGGCGGGGCCCUGAGGCAGCGAGGCCGAGCAGCUGCAUUCCUGGACACAUUCCUGGCCGAAGCCCUGCCAGCCACCACCACCUCACUCCGCCCAGCUCGGGGACCGCUGCCCAGGCGGCCACUUCCUGCAACAGUAGCCACGUGGGGGAGGGGCCCAAUGAGAUGGAGCACAGCCGGGGGCCCCAAGGGGGCGGCCCGGGGCCGGUGGGACGGCCGGGCCGGGAGCCUCGGCAGCGGCACACAGCGAAUGCGCGCGAGCGGGACCGCACCAACAGCGUAAACACAGCCUUCACGGCGCUACGCACGCUCAUCCCCACCGAGCCGGCCGACCGCAAGCUCUCCAAGAUCGAGACGCUGCGACUGGCCUCCAGCUACAUCUCGCACCUGGGCAACGUGCUGCUGGUGGGCGAGGCCUGCGGCGACGGGCAGCCUUGCCACUCGGGGCCUGCCUUCUACCACCCGGCUCGUGCGGGCAGCCCCCCGCCACCGCCGUCCCGGGACAGUGAGAACGCGCAGCCCAAGCAGAUCUGCACCUUCUGCCUCAGCAACCAGAGAAAGAUGAGCAAGGACCGAGACAGAAAGACCGCGAUUCGGAGCUAG